AGGUGAAAAUAUUCAGUACAAGUGGCGGAUUUUUCUUUUUGACUUUGGCGGCGGCUGCGUCAUCAUUAGCCACGCCCCCAGUUUCAACCCCCGGAAGAGAUUUCAAAACAACCACAUGUAGCAUGGGCAGAGAGAUUAUCCAUGUGGUAGGUUAAUUUAACGCUUUGAGAACACAACAAAAGAGAUAAAAACAUGACAGUUAAUCGUAUGGAGAAUGAGCAUAUUAUAUUGUCUGCAGUUCUUGUUUUUAACCGUAAAGAAGUUGUUUUAACUAACGUAGUGCUCUUGAAUGUCUCAGUAAACAGCAUGGUUAGUCUAACCCGGAUUACAACAGGGUGUGUUAAGGAACAAAAACGGCUCAGGGGAAUCCAGGACAUGAGGAGAGUACGUGGGGUGUGUAGGCUCCUGGACUCUCCUGACUGACGAGUGUGGACAUCUGACUGAAUGUGCGUCUGCAGGAGAACUUCUCCGACUGCAGCCCAGACUUAAAGACAAUCGACAUGGACCCGUCCUACCAGAAGCACUUUGCGGUUGCGGACUAUGUGAUAUUUGCAGUCCUGCUUGCUGCCUCUAUGGGCAUCGGGCUAUACCAUGCUCUUUCAGGCGGACGUCAGCGCACCACCCAGGAGUUCUUGAUGGCAGACAGGAGCAUGAGGUGUCUCCCUGUUUCCCUGUCGCUCAUCGCCACAUUCCAGUCUGCUGUGGCGAUCAUAGGCGUACCAGCAGAAAUCUACACUCACGGUACUCAGUACUGGUUUAUCGGCUGUGCCUAUAUUCUGGGCCUUUUCAUUCCUGCUCAUGUUUUCAUUCCUGUGUUGUACAGACUGCGGCUUUCCAGCACUUACCAGUAUCUUGAAAUGCGCUUCAGCAAAGCGGUGCGCAUCUGUGGGACUUUGACCUUCAUCUUUCAGACAGUUAUCUAUAUGGGACUUUGUGUGUACACCCCUGCCUUUGCACUAAAUGCAGUUACUGGGUUUGAAUUAUGGGGAGCAGUGCUGGCCACUGGCCUAGUGUGCACAUUGUACACAACAAUGGGUGGUUUGAAGGCUGUCAUCUGGACAGACGUCUUCCAGACCGUUGUGAUGUUUGCAGGGCAGCUGGCCGUCAUCGUGGUGGGAGUGCAGCAGACUGGAGGAGUGUCUGAAGUCUGGAGGAAAGUCCGGGAAGGAAACCGCAUCUCCGCUCUUGACCUUAACCCAGAUCCUACAGAGAGACACACCUUCUGGACUCUGGGAGUUGGGGGAAUAUUUCUCAUGCUGUCUCUGUACGGAGUGAACCAGGCUCAGGUCCAAAGAUAUCUCAGCGCGCGCACAGAGAAAGAGGCUGUCAGGUCUUGCUACAUGGUGUUUCCCUCCCUGCAGUUGGCUCUGGCUCUAAGUUGUGUCAUGGGACUGGUCAUGUUUGCACGUUACUGUGGAGAGGAUCCCUCUGACAAGCUGGGCACCUCUUCAAAGGAUGCCAUGGUGAUAUACUUUGUGAUGGACAUGCUGCAAGGUCUGCCUGGACUACCUGGACUGUUUAUCGCGUGUUUGUUCAGUGCAGCUCUCAGCACCAUCUCUUCUGCUUUCAACUCUUUGGCCACUGUGACAAUGGAAGACCUCAUCAAACCACAUUUCCCCACCAUGACCGAGGCAAGAGCAACCCUGCUGUCCAAAGCCUUAGCUAUGUCAUACGGGCUGCUGUGUCUGGCCAUGGCCUAUAUCACUCACCUCAUGGGAGAUUCAGUUCUACAGGUGGCUUUGAAGAUCUUUGGGAUGGUUGGUGGUCCCAUUCUUGGUCUGUUUUGUCUCGGGAUGUUUUUCCCGUGGGCCAACUCCACUGGAGCGUUGGCAGGUCUGGGGGCCGGUCUGGCUUUGGCUUUCUGGGUUGGCGUCGGGAGCAUCGUCACUCGUAGCUCCAGCACAAGACCGUUGCCGCCCUGCAGAGCCGUCCUGCUGUCAGACAACACAACUACUGCCAUACACACAGCACUCCUUAAUGUCACUCUGAGGUACGCAGGCAGCACGGUGCUUAGUUUUGACUGUGGUCAUUUCGCAAGUAAAUCAUCUCUGUCUCUGUUCUUUAGCCAACCCUCUGGACUGAAGAGAUUUUACUCCUUGUCCUACAUGUGGUACAGUGCAUUCAACUGCUUCACAGUCAUUCUAAUAGGCCUGAUCAUCAGCUUCCUCACAGGCCCUAUGAAAGAAGAAGAUUUAACACCAGGCACAGUCUAUCCCUUGUUAGGGAAACUGCUUUGCUUUCUGCCUGAACACCUCAAAAAGAAGCUCUGCUGCGUGACUCCUCUGGGACACACGCUCUCAGCACAACAAAGGCCAUCACAAAACAAAGAAAGCAAUGGGCUGGUCUUCCCACGAGAGGACAGGACAUCACAGGAAGAGACGGACACAUUUUUUCCUGAGGCUCACACACCUCUUGUGGAGCAUGAAACAACUGUGUGAUAUCACAGCUGUGUCAUGUCUGGCUGGAGAACGUUUAAAAAGUCUUUACGCUUAGCACUUGGACUCAACCAAUAUGUAUUUUUAUUUCUCUUUUUUGUUGCCUUGGCUUUGUGAUGAACGAUGUCAUUUAAAUUUGCACUGUCAAAUGCUGCAACGAGGUCAAAGCUGAAUAAUGUCCAGUCAACACAGGGUUGUUUAAAGAAAAUGCUUUAGUGUGGCUAAGCCUGUUUUAAUUUGACAGAAACAAGUUUAAUUUAUGCAGUAUUUGUCAACUUAAGGUGUAUGAUUAUUCAGUGCGUUACAUGCAGUUUAAAAAAACGGUUAUUUGGGUUAAGGCAAUACCCCAGUUUCACAAAUGCCAUGUAAACACCUUACCCGACCUUAGAAUCAGAGUUCUCGUAACACAGUAAACAGACCUAGAUAACCCCUUCAGUAACUGGGGUAUUCGUGCAUGUAUACAACUGAACCGGGGUAAGAUCGGGUUACACGUCUGCGCAUGCUCCGUAGGUUACAACGGCCCUUAAAAUGGCGAGUUUUAAAGAAAAUUAGAACAAGGCAGGCCUGCUUAGUUAUUUUUCAGGAAUGAUUGUAGAGUUUUACAAAGAAUGUUCUCGGCAUUUACACUCUAACUGGGACGUGUUGGCCUACGAUUGCUGUGGACAAACAUUUGGCUUGCUAAUUACACCCAACACUGGUUACAGAAAAUGAGCUGAACAAAGGUGUCCGUCAUCUGGCCAGAGCACUGUGCUUCCCUACGCUGUGACAAGUGUGUGAAUGAAACAUUACGUUUUUAAUUUUACUAAUUUAGUGGCCAGUCAGUGUAAUCAAAAAGAGCGCCACCGACUGUACCGGAGGUAGAGUUACUCCUGUCAUUCAUCCCAGCUCAUGUACACGGGGAGAACUGGCACAGCCCCAUUUUUCACUUAGUUACAUUGUGUAAGAAUUUCUCCCAUCUAGCGGUGAAACUGUAUAUGACAACUAACUGAAUAUUACUUUCUUGGCGACUCCGUUACAUGUCCUAGAAAAUAGGUGUGAUACUCCAUUUUAAACAGGCUUUCAAAUCUGCUGGCAGUUGCAAGUAAUCUUCUCCCCCUCCCUCCCUGGCAUUCGUCACGGUGCCACUGAGUGUAAAAGCGCGAAAGGCGGAGGUAUGUCCCUCUUUGGCUAAUGUAUUUUAAAGAUUGAGGAGCAGUGUUUCUCACAGAGAAUAAUUUGUGGUGGUGCGCCGCACAAUCAACACUGGCCGCCACAUAUUGCGUUUUUUGUUUUUUUUGUUUACGCUAUUUAAAACCGUGUAUUCGUUCAGCUGCAUUUCCUUUUCCUGCUCUCCUCCGUGUCUCUGUCACUUGCGUCUCGCUCUCUCACACAUACACACACACACACACACACACACACACACACACACACACACAGCCCCUCCCCUCCGUGCACACAGCAUCUGUCUCCAUCAAAACGAGAGAAGACGGCUGGCGAAAUUCACAAGUUCACGAAAGGUUGGUAUCUCGUGAACACCUUUACACAAUCACACAUUAAAAAGUCCAAUAAAAAUAUUUUGUAUUCUGAAUACAAUGUUGUCGGUAUGUUAAUGUUGGAGUGCCGAGCCGACUCUUGUGCCUGCUUUAGAAAGUUAACUAGUCGCAAGUUUGCGGUAAAAUGCAGUUGGGUUGUCGAGGUCAAAACA